GCAUACCUUGUUAUCCUGCAGCUUUACGUACUAUAUUAAUAAAUAAGGUUUAUCUCUGUCCUUUCGACCUCGGCAAGCGAUCGUCGUUCUGCUAGCAAGCCGUCCUCGUCCACCAAGCUUUAAUUCUCCUAUUUGUGUAAGUGAUGACAACUAUCUAUUUACUUAAUUUAGUAGACCGAGAAGGGCGGAUCACAAAGGUUUCUCCAAAAGUGGAGGGGUUUCUUAUCCCGCCUGUUCGCGUCAUAUUCAGAUACUUAACAGAAUUUAAGCUCCGACGCAGUCCUCGAGACGGGCAAUUCGAACUAGCAUUGUAAUUCCUUCGUUGUCUUACAUACCACCAGAGAUCUUACACGAGCGAGCCGAUACCUGCAAUCCCUGGAUCUUAACUCGUUUUAUGGGUUUGUGUUAAACCCGAAGAAUUUCAGGCGAGUCAAUCUAUAUGCCUAGGUUUCCAGUCACCUUCCGGCGGAAAUCGACCGCAGCAGAAGAUCCAAAUGGACCGAUAGCAGAGCAUUCGUUUCGGGUUCUCGAGAGAUCGGAAGUGAGCAGUGGGAAAUCUUUCGAUGGCGGCGCUAGGUUAGCUAGGAUGACGGCGGCUGCGCCAAAGCCCAACAUCCAUCAUUCCGAUCUUGCAGCGGAGGAUAAUCUUUUUGCGGGUUUGAAGAACAAUCGGGGCAGUGGAAGUUCCAACACUACAAAGACGGCCUCCGAUAACUCCUCCCGUCACAGCAACGCCUCAACAGCCCCCUCCUCAACCGACUUCACACAACAAGAAGACUGGCGCAACAGUGCUGGAAGAAAGCAUACGUCGAUGGCCGAGGGUCCUGCUCCACCGCCACAUAAGAAUGGUGGCGGUUUUCUAAAGCAGGCGGGAAGGACUUUCUCUUUUGGCAACAAAAAGACAUCAUUACCAACGAUACCAGCCGAGGAAUCCGUCCCUGCCGUGCCGUCGAUGCCCGAUGAGUAUAGCCCUGGGACGCCUCGUGGUGGUCGCUCUCGAGCUGAGACCGCCUCGACAACCAGUACUGCAACACCUCCGAAAGUUGAAGACAGGGAUUUCAUGUUGGAUCUAGGGGGUGAUCUAAGCAGCAUGCUUAAAUUUGAUAAACGUGCGAGUGUUGCCACGCUAAAGGGCUUAAUGUCGAACCGAGUUAGUCAGCCUGCUCCACUUAAUAUCGACAACACAGCACCUGUCGAACCCCCGCAGCACUCAUGGAACAGUCAGCAUUCGAACGAUGGGCUGUUGAGUUCAGGCCGAACCUUAACUUCUCCUCCCGCCGCUAGUGAACUACGGCCGCCUCCCGUUCCGAGACACCACACCACUCCUCUCGAGCGGCGACGCUCGGACGAAGAUGACGAAGAUACGACGUUGCUGAGGGAUUCGAUCGCGGCCACCCAGUUCCUAUCCAGCGAGGAAUCGGGUCCCAGUGGUGGUUCUACUCGGUAUAGGAGGGAUGAAGACGAGGUUUCGGAAUUGAGAUCCAGCCAUGCCGACUCGUACUCUAAAUCGUCUCGAUUCGGUGCCAAGGUCGAUGAUGACAAUAUGUUCGAUAGACCCCUCAGCCGCCCUAGGUAUGUUCCGAGACAGAACGGUCGUACGAACAGCCAGCCGCAGAACAAAGUUAUGACUCCUGCGGAGUUCGAGAAAUAUCGCCAAGAUAAAGCUCGAGAGGAAAUAAUGGGAUUAAACGACGACCCGGAGUCGGACAAGGAGGAGGAAGAUAACUACGACGACGAUGAGGAUGAGCGGGAGAAAACAAGACAACUUGCCAAGCAGAGGAAGAAGCAAGAGGCUCAUAUGACGGUUUACCGACAACAGAUGAUGAAAGUGACCGGCGAGACCGGGAAUGCGAAUUCAAACGCGAACACGAACGCAAACAUGAGUGGUCAUGCUUCUCACCCUAGCAUUUCAUUGUCAGUAAGCGCACCAAACUUAGUAUUGAACGACGGGCCUAGCAAAGGUGUAUCCCCGUCUCCUCCUUCGGAUGGCUCUGAGUCGGAUGAAGAGGUGCCUCUAGCAAUUCUUGCGGCACACGGAUUUCCCAACAAGAAUCGACCGCCGACACGACUCACUACCAUGUCAUCCAACCCUAAUUUGCGAGCUUCUGUCCAACAACCUUCGUAUGUUAGCGGACCGGGAUCUGUCAUGGGCGAAAGUGUUGGGGCCAACGGGGGUCGUCUUCCGCCAUUUGCUCGAAGGUUACCCCAGGACCCAUACCUCGGUGCAGGUUUGAUCAACCAACCUCCGAGAGAAUCAUUUGCCCUUGGAGGUGGUGUUGCUGCCCCUAACCCGCCGGUACCUACCGGUGGCUUAGUAGGCGUGAUUGCUAACGAGGAACGUUCGAGAGCAAUGCGGCGUGGUAGUCCAGCCCUUGAUAACACGAGGAGCAUCCAAGCGAACGGAAUGCGGAUGAACGGAGGCUUUGACCCUAUAAAUGGCAUUCCUCCUCAGAUGAUGUAUCCAAUGGGUAUGCCCCAAAUGCCUAAUCAAAUGCUAACUCCGAGCGAUCAAAUGCAAAUGCAGAUGUCGCAACAAAUGCAGCAGUUUAUGCAGAUGCAGAUGCAGUUCAUGCAAAUGAUGACCGAUCGAGGGCAGGGACAAGAGCAGAUGCAGGGAUCUCUCCGACCUCAAGGACACACGCCGACGCAUUCAAUGGGUUCACUAGGAGAAAUUCCACGGGGUUCGUUUAUGGGAGAUAUGAUGGGAAACAACAUGAUGGGAAAUAAUAUGGGCAACGGGAUGAACUUGGAUUUGCCGAGAGGUGAUAACCAAAUGCGGACGAUGAGCAUGGUCCAGCCAAGUUCGGCGUCGUGGCUCCAGCCUCCACAGAACGGUUAUGCCCCAUCGAUCCGCGCUCAGGGCCAAGGUUACGCGCCUUCGAUUGCACCUUCGGAGCGCAGCAACAUCGGGUUACCUGGACGUUACCGACCGGUUUCCAGUGCCACAAUGCUCGACCACGGAAGAACGUCUAGCAUGUCCGGCGCGUUGCCAACUCUACACUCGAAGCUCCAAGCUGAAGUAAAAGUGUCGCCGAUGAACAACAAGGAGGACGAUGACGACGAUGAGCAAGGGUGGGAAGCAAUGAAAGCGAAGAGGGAGAAGAAAAAGAGCAUUUGGCGAACCAAGAAGACUUUUGGGGAUGAUAUUGGAGCGCUUAUCAACUAAAGGGCGCAUGUGCAUUCUACCAGGCUAUAUCUAGCAUUACAUUU